CGGAAGGACACCUACUUCCGAUGGGUACUGGAGGACUUUGCGAAGCACGGGGUGACCUGGGGAGACUUUAUUCAGUGGAUUGCACAGCCGUCCUCACAGUGCCGUAAUGAUCUAUGGAAUGGGUUUUUCAUCAACAGGGUACAAGUACGCGAGGUUCUCGAUCUAUGGACAACGAAAAACUCGGAAUCCGCAAAGACUACCAUUCGCCAAUGGGCUCUGACGUACCUUGGAGACCUGCUGGGGCAAGAGGCGAGUCGCACGACCAAGGAUGGUGUUCUCCUCACCCCGCGAAUGUCCAUCUCCGAGUCCUUCGUACUCGACUUUAACCUGCGCGCCAUCCACUCGCGCUUGUUUGAUGUCUGUCCAGCGAUGACCACCCUCAUGCGCAAAUUCUGCACCACCUCCCGCCACGCCCGACUCGAAGUUAAGAACCACAAAACUCCCCAGGAGGAAGCGAUAAGAGUUGGCACAGCCCUGGUAGAUCUCCUGGGGCAAAGGAGCCAGAACAACUCGUAUGUCUGCUAUAUUAUGGGGCUAUACUUGUACGCGACCGGGGCAUCGCGACAGACCCUCUCCUUGCUCUCCAGUCUGAAUGUGGCGACUAGCUACUCAGCCCUUGUAGGCAGCGGGUCCACAAAGGAGAUGGUAGACACUCACCACAGAGGGACGUCUAUCGCGCUCAGCCUCCAGCGCGCCUUUCACCGAGGCGCAGGACUCCUCCGCAAACUCUCCACAUCAUGUCGUGCCUCAGCUGCGACUCGCGCGCACACAGCUCCUUUUGGACUUGUGUAUGAUAAUAUAAAUUUCAUGUUCAAGGUAGCCGAGCAAAUCCUCGGGCGCAAAGACUCGCAGGAAAACGGUACCUGCGCCACCAUAUUCGCUUUGCAGCAGGCCUCCCUCUCGGACAUGAAGGCAUCCCAUCUUCUGGAACGCUUCAAUGCCGCGCCCCCCCUCUCAGUACAAGACAUUAUCCAUACACCUGCUGAAACCACGCUCUUCCGGCAAUCACUCGAGCACACCAUCCUGCGCGUCAUUGUCUCUCAGUCCCCUCUAUUCGAACGUUUCCGAGAUGCUGUCCACUCAUGUCUGCCGGCCACAGAUAACAAGAUUCCAGUGCACAAGACCGAUGUGUAUCCGCUGCCGGCAAUGCACAUCGACGAGUCCAGCAUCACCGGCAACGCGGAGGUUAUCGACACUAUAUUUACGGAUCUAGGUUUCGACGUGAAUGCACUCGAGUUUGGGGAACUCGCCAAACUCACCUUUGGUGAUCAGCUUUCCAUCUCGCGCCUUAGGUCUAUUAAUGCCAAUCGCGCCGGACACGAUGCUCUCCAUCGAUCCUUCUCAUCUCUCGUAUUCGGCCCCGGUUUCUUCCAUCAUCAGAUGACACUCGUGCACGGUAUCAUGGAGACCCACUGGGGCGACCCUCAAGCAGGCUCUCAAAGCCCCGCCUCCCUUCAUGCCAUAAACACCUCCCUCGAUCGCAAGCCCAUUGUGAUGUCGUCACUCCCCCCUUAUCGUGUAUGCCGCGAUCUGAUCUUCACCACGCUAACUGGCUCCCUUCUCCACUGCCUGGAACUAGUUUCUCGCUGCGAAUCCCUCGAAGACUAUGCAGCAAACGUCGAGUUUGAAGAACUGCAAAACCAUGUUACUGAGAUAUACGACACUUACGUGCGUCCCACAGUUGCUUCAACGCUGCGACAAGCCAGGCACGAAGAGCUCGAAUGCGGUCAGGAAGGCGAGCACUUUGACACUCCACCUACCCCUCUCCACUCGUCCCAGGCAAAUAUCACAGCUGGCGACAUGGUCUUUGAGAACAUGUGUCUAUUCAUGCGCGACGCCCUCGUUCUCCGGGAGUUCAACGAUGCUAUCAAAGGGGGGUACUCCGGGCGAAUCAUCCGCACCCUCAAGAUUCUGGCGCUCAUGUAUCGUGGCAGUGGGCGAACUAAGUACGCUUACGAGAUGCUGCACAUUAUACAUAACCUGACACACCUGUGGCCCGCCCCUCUUCGAAAUAUCAUGAUCAAUAACUGGCUAGUCAAUCCAACAGGCAAGGACGACGCGUUUGUGCCCGUGGACUUACUGCAGGAACAUCUUAACUUUUGGAUUAAGGUAAUGUACAAAGCGCAGGGAAGCAACGCGUCAUGGGAAUGGUUGGAGAUGAUUUCUCCAUGCGUCGGCGUGCUUCGGAAGCUCGCGACGCAAAUCAAUGACUCCCUCGGCGCGCACCUGGGUAGCAAACAUCGGUCACCGGACCUUACGAAGGACUACGAGACAAUAUGCAACAGGCUUCGUGAAUACAACGUGCUUGUGCCAGAAGCGGGCCGCCUCAUCUAUUCAGACAACCCGUCCAAAGGUGAGGUGCUCAACAUAGUGAGCGCUGGACUCAAGCAGCUGCCAGGUCCCCUCAACGAUUACAAUCGCACGUUCGAGCAGCUGCAGCGUCAGCGCCGCAUCACGCCACUGGCCCUCGCUGCGAAACCUGUGAGC